AUGAAUGUCCAAUAUCUGCAACGCCUGUUAGAGCAGCAGACGUUGCACGAAAACUGUGUCGCAUGCUCUCUUUCGCAUGAUCAAUCAAGCGUGAAAAAAACACUUUAUGUCAUAUGUUCAAAUCGACAUUUACAUUAUGAUUCUACUCUUAUGAGCUUCAGUAAAGAUUUUCAGGCACAUAUUGGAAAGUUUUAUAUUCCAAUCAGAGAUAUGGCUAUCUUUGUUGUUUUUACAUUAUUGCUGACACUACUAAUUAGCGAUGUUGCAGGUAAGGAGUCCUAUACAGACCAAACAAUAUCCAAUACAAAAGUUUCGGGGUUACUGUCCAGUACAACAAAGAAACAUGGCUUUUCACUAGAAAGCAUAACUGAUGCCAAAGUAUUUCAAGAAAUCGCCACAAUGAUUGAUUUACAGGCAUAUUAUUUAAAUUCACAACCCCUUCGGAAGAUUAAGAGGACAUAUGAUAAUGGAAAGACCUUGACAUUCUACCAAAUAGAUUCACUGGAUAUUGGGAGUUUUUCAAAUGCAAUAUUUAAAGGUUACCUCCAAUUUUGGUCAAAAAACGAAUUCAAUUUAGUGCUCUCCAUCGACUGUUUCAAACUUUACGAUAUCGUGGAAUUGGUGACACCCCUGUAUAAAAAAGUCCAAAAUGGUUCCAUGCAAGAUUUUUUUAAAGUUUUGGGUGAUUACACGAACGAAAUGGAUAUUUCCCUUCAUUCAAAACCAAAUGGCAAAGAAACAGGAGAACCACAAUUUUAA